AUGCCGUCUUUUGCUUCCCUCACAGCGGCUCUCGCCCUCGCCUCGACAAUUGUCGCCACUCCCGUGGACCUCGUCGACCGCCGUCCCAAGACCUUCUCCGUCGAGCAAGUACAGCGCAAGGUCUUUGCUAAGAACGGUGCCGCAGCCACUGUCAAGACUCUCCGCAAGUUUGGCAAGCCUGUGCCCGCGAGCCUCUUGAAGGCUGCCGAGAUCGGUCCCAAUGACGAAGUCCUUGCGGCCCUCGCACAGAAUGGCUCCGACUCCGCUGUACCUGGAGACGCUUACGAUUCGCUGUAUCUCUCUCCUGUCACAAUUGGAGACAGCAACCCCGUCACUGUCCACCUUGACUUCGAUACUGGAUCUGGCGAUCUAUGGGUCUUCUCUUCGCUGCAAGCCUCCUCUCAAUUGAGCGGACACGACUACUACAAGGUUGAUGCUUCCAAGAAGGUCAGCGGCGCUACCUGGAAGAUCUCCUACGGCGAUGGCUCUGGUGCUGCCGGCACCGUCUACGCCGACAAGGUUGUUGUUGGUGGUGUAACUGCCACUUCGCAAGCCGUUGAGGCCGCUACAUCGGUGUCCUCUGCAUUCUCCUCCGACACGGACACCGACGGUCUGCUCGGCCUGUCUUUCUCCUCUCUAAACACCGUCCGCCCUACGGCCCAAAAGACCUUCUUCGACACCGUCAAGAGCUCCCUCGCGAAGCCUCUCUUCGCCGCCAACCUCAAGUACCACGCUGCCGGCACCUACGACUUCGGCUACAUCGACAGCUCCAAGUACACCGGCGCCAUCACCUACAUCAACGUCGACACCUCGCAGGGCUGGUGGCAAUUCAGCUUCAGCGGUUACACCGUCGGCAGCGGCUCCACCGUUUCGUCCACAAUCAAUGGCAUCGCUGAUACCGGCACCACCCUGCUCUACCUCCCCACCGCCGUCGUCAAGGCCUACUACGCCAAGGUCACAGGCGCCACCAACAGUGCGACCUACGGCGGCUAUGUCUUUUCGUGCUCGGCCACGCUUCCUGACUUCAGUCUCACGCUCAACGGCGUCAAGCAGCGUGUCCCUGGAAAGUACAUGAAUUACUCGCCUGUGCAGACCGGUAGCUCGACCUGCUACGGCGGUAUUCAGACCAACGACGGCAUUGGCUUCAGCAUCUUUGGUGACAUCUUCUUGAAGAGCAAGUACGUUAUUUUCGAUGGGUCUACCACCCCCAGGAUCGGUUUCGCCGAUCAGCCCAACUUGUAA